AUGAAAAUGAUCUCUUCCCUUCUCAAAAAGUUAAUGACGUCAUCUUCUCCGAAACCCAACAAAACAAAAGCCACUGUGGCUCCUCUGUCCGAGUCAUCAGCGAUCGCCUGGAAUCACAAGGCUCCAAUGGACUAUGAUGAGAAACUGAAAAAGUAUGAAAACCGUCAGAGGAAGGAGGAUGAAGUCAAAGAAAUCCGCAAGGAUCGUCGAAUUCUCCGCCGUCAGAAUGGUUUGCUGGAAUUCCACAACGAGGUUUUGUUCCUCCAAAAUCAACGACUCGCCUCCGAAAAGCAGAACUUGAAAAUGGAAAGACAAGCGAUGGCAGAGAAAAAGAACGAGCUGGCCAAGAAUCUUCGUAAGCAGAAAAGAAUCAAUGAAUACUACAAGAGACGACUGGUUGAAAUUCAGAAACUGGAAAAGUUUGCAAUCUGA